UAAGCAUACGUAUACACGUAAUUUACAAAUCACAGUAUAAAUCUUUUUUUACCUUUCAAUCUUCUAUAAACUCAUUAUCAGUAUUGUUCGUUCACGUAAUUUGAUGGAUAGUGCAAUAUUUUAUCCAUACGAGUUAUAGAAUUUUUAGAUUAGUGGAGAGCGCCGAACAGGCUGCAGUAUCGGCGCCGAGGGAAGGAAACAUGUCGCCCAAGUAUUACGCUUCGCAUCGGCUUAAUAACUUCAUUAGCGAUGAAAAGGGUCCCGCACAGGAGAUGUUUCUCGCUACGAAUCGCCAUUUCGAUAAUCUAGCAGUGAACGUUAGUUUAUCUGCCGUGCUCCUGCCAAAUGGAAUUAAAGACAAUGAGCGUGACGUUGCCUCGGGUAUUCAGUGGAGCGAGUACUUGGAUCUGUUAUUUGUUAAUAAUUAUGAGAGUGACCCUACGCUAUCAUGGCAAUAUUAUGGAGCGACGACAGGAUUUCUACGUCGCUUCCCAGCGAUAUCAUGGCCACCGAUGGAGGGUACACCCGGAACAUCUAGGUCCUUGCAUCAUCGAACAGUUCGUGAUGUGUAUGAUUUUAGGAUGUCGAAUUGGUUUGUUGGGGCAGCAAACAGCCCGAAAGAUCUAGCGAUAUUGAUCGAUAGCGCGACGUACACGUCUGACCGGAAUCGACGAUUAACAAUAGCUACAACGAAAGUCGUCUUGGAUACUUUAGGACCGGACGAUUAUAUAAACGUAUAUCGUUAUGGCGAGAAUGCCGAGGAAAUAGUGCAGUGCUUCAAGGAUAGCCUGGUGCAGGCGUCACCUGAAAACAUUCACGAGAUGAAGGUAGCUUUAAGUUCCCUGAAACACGAGGACGCUAUGACCAAUAUUUCAGCCGCGCUCAGCACCGCCUUCGAGAUUCUCCAUAAAUACAACCGCUCCAGCCAGGGAAGCCAAUGCAACCAGGCCAUUAUGUUGAUCACAUCCGACACCGAUGGCCCACCUGCAGAAGUGAUAAAGCGUUACAAUUGGCCGCAUAUGCCCGUACGGAUCUUUACCUAUCUCAUCGGUGGUGACAAGAGUCUUGAUCUCCAAAACACGGCAUGCACCACUAAAGGAUUUUACGCGAGAAUAACGAACGCAGACGAAAUCCAUAAUAAAGUUUUCGAGUACGUGAAAGUUUUAGCGCGGCCUAUGGUACUCUAUCAACAUGAUCAUCCUCUUCAUUGGAGUCCUGCUUACAUAGGUGGAAAAAGUAGUAGAUAUGGCAGAGAAAAUCGGGGCCAAUUGAUGACAUCUGUGACAGCUCCGAUUUUAGAUCGCCGGAAUUAUACGGUGAAAACGGCUAAUUUAUUGGGUAUUGUCGGUACCGAUGUACCUAUUGAAGAAAUUCAGAAACUCGUGCCGCCUUACAAGUUAGGAGUUAAUGGAUAUUCAUUUAUUGUUGACAAUAAUGGCAGAAUUCUAUAUCAUCCCGACCUACGACUUCUUAGGACAACAAGAAUAAUAUAGCAAUAUUAUAUGAAUGUUUCACGCAGCC